CUCCGCGCCGUCCCCGCGCGUUGUGUAAGCCGAGGGGACCCUGCGAGCGCCGGGCGUGCGGUUUAAUGUUUAACGCGGCGCUCACAUGCCCACCGGCGAGUCUCGCAGGAGUGUUUUCCAAAGGCUGUCCGGAGCAGGAAAUGCCAGUACAGGUGCACUGGAAAGAGGAUGAAAUAAGCAUGGAGUCUUCUAAACUGGAAUAUAUUUCAUGGGUCACAGUUAAAAGUAAAAAGAAGAUGGAAGGAAAUGAGAGAACAGGAGUAUAAAGCCUGUCAAGAACUUUCCAUUUUUGUGAUUAUAUGUAUAAACUCUCGAUAUAAUACAACUAAUGGUUUAUAGUAACACUUUACUGAUAUCCCAGGAAGAAGUCAGUUACUGUGCAACUGGCUUAGCAAGAAGUUUUAUUCUAACUACUUUGAACAUGUUUUAACCUUAACUGGACACCUUUUAUUUAUUUUUUUUUUUUUUUAAAGUCUGAGAGUUAAAACCUUUGUUUAACUGUGUUUUUACUGAGACACCGAUUCCUGACCGAUGGCUGACAGCUGCUCAUGGAAAAUGGACUUAAUCCCAUGAAUGGUUACUGUUGCACAGAGUUGAAUGGAAUGCCAUGACUUCAGAAAUAUUCUCGUAGAACCACCUUCUUUGCCUUGUACCCAUCAUAUCCUUAAAUAUUUAAGCGUAAACAUUGCAAUUAUAAACUCUAAAAAAUAAUGGCAUGGGUGAAAUUCCUAAGAAAACCUGGGGGAAACCUUGGAAAAGUUUAUCAGCCUGGAAGUAUACUGUCCCUGGCCCCUACAAAAGGCUUAUUAAAUGAACCCGGACAAAACAGCUGCUUUCUUAAUAGUGCUGUUCAGGUAUUAUGGCAACUUGACAUAUUUCGACGAAGUUUAAGAGGUUUAACUGGACACGUGUGUCAAGGAGACGCCUGCAUAUUUUGUGCUUUAAAGGCAAUCUUUUCACAAUUCCAGCACAGCCGAGAGAAAGCCCUCCCGUCGGACAACAUGAGACACGCCCUGGCAGAAAGUUUCAAGGAUGAACAGCGUUUCCAGCUUGGAUUCAUGGAUGAUGCAGCAGAAUGCUUUGAAAAUAUCCUCGAGAGGAUUCACUUUCACUUAGUGCCAAACAGUGAAACGGAUAUGUGCACUUCCAAAUCCUGCAUUUCUCAUCAGAAGUUUGCUAUGACGCUGUAUGAGCAGUGUGUCUGUCGCAGCUGUGGAGCAUCGUCGGAUCCGUUGCCUUUCACGGAAUUCGUGCGUUAUAUUUCCACCACAGCCCUCUGUAAUGAAGUAGAAAAAAUGAUGGAGAGGCACGAACGUCUCAAGCCAGAAAUGUUUGCAGAAUUGCUGCAGGCAGCAAAUACUGCUGACGACUACAGAAAGUGUCCUAGUAACUGUGGUCAGAAAAUAAAAAUUCGUCGUGUCCUUAUGAAUUGUCCUGAGAUUGUGACAAUCGGCUUAGUCUGGGAUUCAGAACACUCUGAUCUGACAGAAGAGGUUAUGAGGAAUCUGGCUACACAGCUUUAUCUUCCUGGGCUGUUUUAUAGGGUUACAGACGAAAAUGCCAAAAAUAGUGAGCUUUUUCUUGUGGGAAUGAUUUGCUACACGAGCCGACAUUACUGUGCCUUUGCCUUUCACACCAAGAGCUGCAAAUGGGUGCUGUUUGAUGAUGCUAAUGUAAAAGAGAUUGGAACGAAAUGGAAAGACGUGGUCUCCAGGUGCAUUCGGUGUCACUUCCAGCCAUUGCUGCUGUUUUAUGCUAACCCAGAUGGCACAGCUGUAUCUCCAGAGGAUGCACCAAAGCAGAUUAUUCACUGGUCUCAGUGUAAAACAGCAGGAGGAAAUGGGGAAGACUUGGGAUUUGAAAAGCAUUCUGCUGCUAAAUCAGAGCAUGUGAAAGAGAAUGGAAUUGGAGACAUUAAUCAAAGGAGUAAUAAAAAGCUUCAGCCAGAUAAUUCAGCAUUCAGUAGAAGCCACAUUCAAGCGAGUGGUGGUAGAGGUCCAGCUAAGUUGGGUUACAGCGAUCAAAAGGACAGGCUGAAGGACUUAUCCAGAGAGUGUGCUCAGAGAGCUGCUGACAUGAAAAACUUCACAUCCUUACGAAAAGACGCGGACAGAGGACCAAGGAAAGAGUCUGGGAGACAAAGAGAUUUGAUUGGGGAAGACCGUUCCAGCGUGAAGUCGGGGUCUCCUCCCGUUGGAAAUGGCCUCAGGCACUGCGUGGAUCAGCGGAUAUACAGCAGCCAGGGAAGAGGCCCCUACAGGCACGACAGCGCACCUCACCCAGCAAAGCUUUCUGCACACGUGCUCGGAUCAAAUAAAACAGAACCUUUUGCUGCUGGGGAGAAAGCAGUGCCAAGGACGCGGCCUGACGGUGUCACUGGCUAUGAUACGGACACCAGUCAGGACUCCAGGGACAAAGGAAGCGUCAGCAGCAGGAGCAGAAGUAAAGGUUGGAAACCGAUGCGGGAGACGCUGAACGUAGACAGCAUUUUCAGUGAGUCCGAGAAAAAACAGCACAGCCCAAAGCACAAGGCAAACCUGAGCAGUAAAUCUAAGCACGAAAAGGAGCGCAGCUUUAACCACUGGCCAAAAGAGAACCAAGUGCAGAAGGGUUUAAUGACUAUAUAUGAGGAUGAAACGAAACAGGAUACGGGAAGUCGAAGUUCACUGGAUUCGGAGGGAAAAGGGAACGCUGAAAAAAGCAAAGGAUUUACAGAGAGAAAAGUCCAUGGUGAUAACUGGCAAAUUCAGAGGACAGAAUCUGGAUAUGAAAGCAGUGAUCAUAUCAGCAACGGAUCUGCAAAUCCGGACUCCCCUGUUAUUGAAGGAAUCAAUCCGGCAGAUGUCAAGAAUGUGAAAGAAAGUGCUUCCUGCAGCGAACAGAACUCGUCAACCAAAAAAGCUGAGCAUGUGUUACAUCCGGUGCCCCAGCAGAACAGAAACUUCCACGAUUUGAGGAAAGACCAGUUCAAUUCUGAAGUUAACUACAGACCUCAUGUUGGUUUCCCAACAGAAUUACAUAUGCAGGUGCCCAGUCCUCAAGUAAAGAGAGCUGAAAUGCCUGAGACCAACAAGAAAUUUUUCCCCUCAUCAGCUCUACAGCCAGUUGUCAGAGACAUUGUGAAGUCGGAAAGCAGGAACAAGGCAAACGGACAGAAUCCUUCAGAGUGGCUUCACCCGGACAGGUUUGAGAAGGUGAACGUGGCAGUGUUCUGUCCUGAUGGCAUAUCCCACCCCCACCCCGAGAAUGCCUGUGGCAGGAAGCUGCUCCACAGUGACUUUGUGCCCUCCGCCCAGCCGCAGUCUCACCACACAAGAACGCUCGGUCCCAAGGUGGGCUUGGUGCCCUGUGUGCCACAGUCCCUGCCGGAGAGGGCCGUGGUGCUUCCCGCCCCUCCCGCUGAGCACGCCGGGCACCCGCUGCGGAGGGGGGAUGCCCUUUGGGUGCCUGAAGCAGUGUACCAGAACGUCCCUCCCCCUCUGCCACCCAAGAAAUAUGCUCUGAAUACUUUGCCGGGAUCAGAGGGUAACUCGGCAGCGGACGUAAAACCCACGGAAGCGUUGCAAAGUAAUCCACUGAGGCCAACAGGUGCACCUCCAAAACCUGCACCAGAACCGAGUGUACUCCCACCAGAACAAAGGCUGAAAGAGCCCUUUCCGGGGAACGAACUGUUUGUCCACAAACCGGACUCUCCACCUCGCUUGUCAGUCAAUGACUUCUGGACCGUGUCUGAGAACUUGUUAAAGAAAGGAUCCCGUCACACGGGGCCGAGUCCUGGCUACGUGGACGGGAACGACAGCGUGUCCCUCACGACCUACUUCUCAGUCGACAGCUGCAUGACUGACACCUACAGGAUGAAGUACCACCAGAGGCCCAAGCUGUACUUUACGGAGAGCGGGAGCUUUCCCAAGGAGAAGCAUCCUCCAGCAGCUGGGGUAGAACUGAACGCUACGUACCACGCCACCCUGGAACCCAGGCACCCCGCACCCGAGCCGAGGUACAAGGCAAAUGCAGAAGGCAUCCACUGCAGCCGAUAGAUCCAUAAAAAAACCCCACACCCGGAUCUGACUUUUGCAUUUCAUGUAGUCUGUGAACGGGCACAAACCUUGAAUGUGUGUGUGUGUGAUAACCAGGUACCCAGCUGACCGUACUUUGCGUGGGAGUUACCACUGUUCCAAUGAAUAUGCAAAUUGGAGGCCAACGGAGGAGAAGAGGUGCUAAACUUGUGGUUCUUUGAUUUGUUACUCUAGUUGCCUUAAUGCUUACCUCUGUUACUCAGCUUGUCUUCUACAGUUUGUACUAAACAUGGUCCCUUGGGGUGUGCACAUCUUACAGCAGUGGGAUCGACUGGACGUUACUAAAUCUGUAAGAAGAUUUAAUUAGUUGCAGUUUAAGAAGUGCUCCUUCAGACUGUGGUCACUACCUACUUAGACUAACAAAAGGGAUACCACAUAAAAUGCAGUAAAUGUAGUAAUAAUAGAGUAUUAUUUGUCCUGAGAGGUGGCAGGAGAUGACACGGUUUUUUCAACUGACUUCUCCGAGAGUCUGUGCUUUCACAAACCUUCAAGUGUCUUUAAUACAAGUUUACCCAGAGGAUUUAUUUUUUAUUUGAAAAGCCUUAAUAAUAAUAAUCCUUUAAAAACCGUCCUGGUUUGCAAAUGCUAAAUGAGACUUUCAAAGGGAAUUGAAGUAAACUGCAGUAAUACUGUCCUAUUAAUACACCUGCUCUAUGUUAGUGGACGUUUUUAAACACAUUUAUCAGAUUUUGUUCACCCUAUAAGCUAUAUACUUUAACUUAUUAAAUUUAACUACAUCACUUACAAACUGGUAUAAGAGAAUAGGAUGCUAAUUUUAAAUACAGAGUUAUCAUGCAACUAUGAAAGAUUAGUUUUCUAAGGUUUUAGAUAGAGUUACUGCUUCUGUUCAGUUCUGAUUUAUCCUCCAAGUGCAUGCAAAGUUAUUGCUGCUAUUUAUUAAGCUUCCCUUCUUUUCCAACUUGACAUUUUGAGCAUUGGUUCAUGGGGAUCACACAUUUGAUUUUUUUUUUAAUUAAUUUUCUUUUACUGCUGUGUUUCCCCCUCUGGAACCGCCCUACACAUGGGUGUGGUCUGCAUUAGCAGAUCGGGCUGAACGCGCAGCCCUUCAGACUGUGGUGGCUGAGGGGCAGGGAAAGAAGAGGUUCCUCCUUCUCUGCUCCGUCACUGCCUACAGUUUUGGCAGCUCUGGCAUUUACCUUGUCUUUUGUUAACCUGACUUAGUAACAAAGGGGAGGAUUUAUUUGGCUUUUAUUUGGUUAGUUAAAUCAGUGCACAGAACUAUCUAGCGUGUGCUGAGGCAGUGGCAGCAAAGCCUGACACGAUCCAAAAAGGCUAAAUUUUUCCAUUACUCACAUUAGAGUGUUAACUUGGGGUGCUGCUGAUUACACCUAAAUCAUCAAUGCCUUUUAGUUACAAAAAUAAUGCAACAAGGUUAAAGAUGCAUAAUAAACACUCUUGCUUAUACUUGCACUGUUAGUCAGAAAGGCUUUUUUUUUUAUGUUUAUAACUUUAUGUACAUGAAUUUUAGUGCUCCAGCCAAACGUUGGCAAUUGUUUAGCACAAUUAUCUAAGGUAAACACUUAAACAUUACUUUUGGUUAUUCUGUGGCAAGGUCAGUUUUUUUUCUUUUAAAUUACAUGCAACUUACAGUAGAACUGGAACAUUAUAUAUAUGCAACAAACCAGGUAUCUCAGAUUAACCUUAUUUCUACCUUCUUGAUCAAAGUUAGUUGUAGCACUUGGAAAAAAAAAUGAAUUCAAGGAUUUAUAGUGAAAAUACUAUGCAUGUUUAGGUAUGGCUGCUGGUAAACAGCAACUUAAAAAAUGAUCCUUUUGUAAGAAAAAUCAGUUGAAUACAGAAGAACACUAAAAAUGUAAGAACGUGGGUGAUUCCUAUUGUAAUAUUUUUGAGAGAGAUUUCAGAACCUGUAAAUUAAACUUUUCUAGUUCAUCUAGCCAUGUUACAUAAUAUACAUAGCCAGUUAAGUACAGCUGUCUUCUAAUACCUGUGUAAAAAAACCCCAAGAUUUAUGGAAUUUGUAAAUAAUGUACAAUUUGUAAAAUGUUUUGCAAAAAAGAAAAAAUAAUCUUGUAUUUGAAAUGACAGUAUUUUUAUGUAUGAAUAGCACAGCAACAACUGUGAAUGAUGUUAGAACACUUAUUUUUAAACAUGCAUAGCAACGUUGCUACUUCUGUCCCAGGAGCAAUAUGAAUGCCUCUUACUGAUACCAAUGAACUCGGCUCCCAGGAAGCACAACUGGUAAACUCAUUUCUGAAGUAGCUGCAGUGAUUUAGAUGUUCUUCAGUCUCCUUGCUUGGCUUGAAACAAUCUUACCAGACAACUCUCUCUGUGCCCCCCAUGUUUACCAGGUAUUUAAUUAUCCUCCCCAGACAGCUAAUCGAGGCACCUUUGUUUUUAUAUUUGACUCUGCACUCCCUGUAUGUAUGUAUGUAAUAUUUGCUAACUAAUAUGUGAUAACUCAUUUUAACUUACCUAGGGUGCCUAUUUAUUUUUUUAUAAAUGUCCCCUCCCGGCUAUAGAUUUGUAUAAGAGCCUAGACAAUUUUUGUAACAGUAAAGAUAUUAACAAGUCUUGUAAUUAAUAUAUAUUUUUCAGUCUUUAGAGUUAUUUUCUUGCGAAGUUCUGCUUGUUCAAAAUAUCAAGAUAAAAAUUUAAAAUCUU